CUUCAAAGUUCAGUGACAGACGACAGUCGUCGGAGGCGCACGCGUGAAAACAUAACCAUGGCACAAGAUAACCUCGCCGCUGUUUUGUACAAAACAAAAGAUUUACGAUUGGAACAAACACCAAUUCCAACAAUAGCAGAUGAUGAGGUACUCUUGCGCAUGGACUGCGUUGGCAUAUGUGGCUCAGACGUGCACUACUGGCAGAGUGGGUCGUGCGGACACUUCGUGCUCCGGGAGCCUAUGAUCAUGGGCCACGAGGCUUCGGGAGUCGUCGCCAAGCUUGGCGCCAAGGUGACUAGCCUGAAAGUCGGCGACCGUGUGGCCAUCGAGCCCGGCGUGCCGUGCCGCUACUGCGAGUUCUGCAAGACGGGCCGCUACCACCUGUGCCCCGACAUCCAGUUCUGCGCCACGCCACCCGUGCACGGCAACCUCGUGCGGUACUACAAGCACGCCGCCGACUUCUGUUACAAAUUGCCAGACCAUGUGUCAAUGGAGGAAGGUGCUCUACUGGAGCCUCUAUCAGUAGGCAUACACGCGUGUCGGCGUGGCGGAGUGACUGGUGGAGACGUGGUGCUGGUGCUUGGCGCGGGGCCCAUUGGCCUGGUCACAAUGUUGGCCGCCAAGGCCAUGGGGGCUAGCAAAGUUCUCAUCACAGAUAUCCUUCAGAGCAGAUUAGACGUAGCCAAGGAGUUGGGCGCAGAUUAUACUCUCCUGGUAUCUCGAGAUUCUCAAGAAACGGAGCUAGUUAGAAAGGUCCACGAGCUUCUCGAAGGUCAUCCGGACAUUUCCUUCGAUGCUAGCGGAGCGCAGUCAACAGUACGGCUUGCUUUAUUGGCGACAAAGUCCGGCGGCGUGGCGGUUCUGGUGGGCAUGGGCGGGCCCGAGCUGACGGUUCCGCUGGCGGGCGCGGUGGCGAGGGAGGUGGAUAUUCGCGGCAUCUUCCGAUACGUCAACGAGUACCCCAUCGCGCUGGCCAUGGUGGCGAGCGGCAAGAUCAACGUGCGGCCGCUGGUGACGCACCACUUCGGCCUGGAGCAGAGCCUGGAGGCCUACGAGGUGGCGCGGCGCGGGCUCGGCAUCAAGGUCAUGAUCCACGUGCAACCCAGGGACGCCAACAACACGCACAAGUUCACAAACUGUUGACCCUAUAAAUAAGUCUCAUUAGGCGCUUCGCAAACGUAGCAACUAACAACGUAAUUUAAGUUUCCUUGUGAAACCUGUGUUUACAGCUCAAAGGAACUCCCAAAUCCUCCAGCAAAAGUGCCAGGGUUGCUGUACUCAGCUCACCAAACACCCACCAAUUCCUCUAACCUUUUUUGUUUCUAAAACUAGGGGUUGAGUUUGCAAGGACAAAUGGAAGCGAAAAUGUAUUUACCUACCACUUGCCUUGACUUGAAUAAAGUCUCCGUUGGGGCAGGGAUAAGAGCUCUAUGAGAAAUUCAUCAUUGCCUCAACUUUAUUAAAGUCACAAUACAAUUUUCGAAUAUUAACUUAAUUUAAUACUAAAACGAUUGGACACGCUAUAUGAUAUGAUGUUUACAGCACGUUUAGCUCGUUUCGCUCGUGCGUAGAGGGUACAUUGCCGAGGAUCUGUUUGGUGUUGAGUAUACGGAUUGAAGAAAUUAUAAAUUACACCAUAAAGAUUCUCCUGCUGUUCGCGGAUAUAGCAAAUUGAGCUUAAUUUUAAUAAUAUAUUAUGGAUUUCCGCAAAGUAACGCCUUCUUCUAUCCAAUAAUAAAAAAGGUAAAAUUUCGCGGUUGCUGCUAGUAACUUAAACUAUGAGGUAGAGAGAUACCACGAUGCAUUGCGGUCUGCGGUUCUCGACAGCAGAAAUCUGAGCAGCAAUUUAAGAUAACUUCGUACCCACUGAUGAAAAUGUAUAUAAUUAUAAUAAAUAAAUUGGUAAGUUAGUUAAGAAACUGGAAUGCAACAGAAAAAUAAAUUAAAGUUGAUACUCAGAGUUUCUGUGUCUGCACACAAUUUUGAAGUUAGGAAGGUAUGUUAAAAUCGUCAUCGAGAGCAUCUUCCCAGUUAACUCUUACAAAAUUGCUACGUCUGUACAUCGCCUAAUGGCCCCAGUUCCAUCGCUGGCUAGAGUUGGCAAUUAGUGAUAAGCAAGUGUGUAGAUAAACAGUUCCGAAAGAUUUAACACUAUAAUAUAAGCGUAAUUUAUUAAUUUUAUCACUGGGCUAUAAUGGGCUAUAGGCGAGUAGUUUCGAUUGUUUUAUCACUAGGCUUUAAUGUAGUUCCGAUCCUUUUAUCACUGGGAUAUAAGCGAGUGUGCAAGUGAGGCGGACGAGAUUAUCUUUAAGCCACUGCGACAAACUUGUGGAGAAACAUGUAUUUUCCACAGUGUCCACGUUGAGCGUCCAGCCAUAAACUACUCCUA